AUGGAUGCGUACUCAAAGGGGCUCGAGGUCAUCGUGAUGAAAAACAUCACUACCCGCACAACAAUAGACAAAUUGCGGAGCGUAUUUGCAACUCAUGGAUUACCCGAAGUAAUCGUUUCCGACAACGGACCACCAUUUACAAGUAAAGAAUUUGAACAGUUCAUUGCCAAAAAUGGAAUUCAGCACAUUAAAACACCUUAUCACCCCUCAAGCAAUGGAUGUGCAGAACGGGCAGUUCAGACCUUUAAGACCGCCAUCAAGAAGAUUACAGGAGGAACCAUCCAGGAGAGAGACCCCAAGGAUGCCAAAACCUUUAUUCAUGAACCUGUUCCUGAGUCGUUGGACACUCCUGCUUGCACUCCUGUGGAACCGGCAUCCCCUGUUCCUGCAGUCACCGUCCUAGAAUAG